AGAGAGAGAGAGAGAGAGAGAGAGAGAGAGAGAGAGAGAGAGAUGGGUUUCUUUCUAUUUUCCUCAUCACCACUUCCAGGAGCUUUUUUCUUGGCCUUAACCACUCUGUGGCUUCUGCCCUUGGUAGUAGUUGCCCAGCAUUCAGGAAUUACAAGGCACUACAAGUUUGAUAUCAAGUUGCAGAAUGUAACAAGGCUAUGCCACACAAAGAGCAUUGCGACUGUCAAUGGCCAGUUUCCGGGGCCUCCACUUGUGGCUCGAGAGGGUGACCGGGUAAUUGUCAAGGUGGUUAACCAUGUCAAGAACAAUGUCACCUUGCAUUGGCAUGGAAUUCGACAGCUUCGAAGUGGGUGGUCGGAUGGGCCAGCUUACAUAACUCAGUGCCCUAUUCAAACAGGCCAGUCCUAUGUGUACAACUUCACUAUUACUGGGCAGAGAGGAACCCUUUGGUGGCAUGCCCACAUCUCAUGGAUGAGGUCUACUCUUCAUGGGCCUAUUAUCAUCCACCCCAAACUCAGUGUCCCUUUCCCAUUUCCCAAACCCUACAAGGAAGUACCCAUCUUAUUUGGUGAAUGGUGGAAUGCAGACACAGAAGCAGUGAUCAGCCAGGCUCUACAGAAUGGAGGAGGCGCUAAUGUCUCUGAUGCCUACACCAUCAAUGGACUCCCAGGUCCUUUGUACAACUGCUCUGCUAAAGAUACAUUCAAGCUCAAGGUGAAGCCUGGGAAGACAUAUCUCCUCCGUUUGAUCAAUGCUGCACUCAAUGAUGAGCUCUUCUUCAGCAUUGCCAAUCACACAGUUACAGUGGUUGAAGUUGAUGCAGUCUACGUGAAACCAUUCAACACCAAGACACUCCUCAUUACCCCUGGACAAACCACAAAUGUUCUCCUCAGGACAAAACCUAAAUUCCCCAAUGCCACCUUCUUCAUGGCUGCUAGACCAUAUUUCACUGGCCGUGGUACCAUUGACAACUCAACCACUGUUGGGAUCCUCGAAUAUGAACACCCAACCACUUCUUCUUUUCCAAUUAAGAAGCUUCCUCUCUUCAGGCCACACCUCCCUUCCCUCAAUGACACUUCUUUUGCUGCAAAUUUUACAAAACGAUUCCGAAGCUUGGCCAGUUCUACUUUCCCUGCAAAUGUUCCCCAAAUUGUGGACAAGCACUUCUUCUUCACAGUUGGGCUAGGAACAAACCCAUGCCCCAAGAACCAGACAUGCCAAGGGCCCACCAAUACCACCAAAUUUUCUGCCAACAUAAACAAUGUCUCUUUUGUUCUUCCAACCAGAGCCCUCCUUCAAACACACUUCUUUGGCCAAUCAUCAAAGGGUAUCUACACCACUGACUUCCCUAUCAGUCCACUUAUACCCUUCAACUAUACAGGCACUCCCCCUAACAAUACCAUGGAUAGCAAUGGCACUAAGGUUGUGGUGCUGCCCUAUAACACUAGUGUAGAGCUGGUGAUGCAGGGCACUAGUAUACUUGGUGCAGAGAGCCACCCUCUUCACCUCCAUGGAUUCAACUUCUUUGUUGUUGGCCAAGGCUUUGGCAACUUUGAUCGUAAUAAGGAUCCAGCUAAGUUCAAUCUCAUUGACCCUGUUGAAAGGAAUACCGUUGGAGUGCCGUCCGGUGGUUGGCUUGCCAUUCGCUUCCUUGCAGACAAUCCAGGUGUGUGGUUCAUGCAUUGUCAUUUGGAAGUCCACACUAGUUGGGGGUUGAAGAUGGCAUGGAUCGUCUUAAAUGGAGAAAGCCCCAAUCAAAAGUUGCCACCACCACCAUCUGAUCUUCCCAAAUGUUGAUCAUGACCAUCUUAAUUCAUUUUGAUCGGAGUGCAAUGAAUUUUUUUUUUUUUUAAAUUUAUUUCUUUAAUUAUUUUUUUGUUUGCAGUUUAUCUUUCUAAUCGUACUACUGUCACAAGCAGAGGAAAGGAAAAGAGGAUAGAGAUUAGUUUUUUUCUUUCCUUCUUUUCCCCCUCCCCCUAAAUUUCGAGUUCAUCAUGUUUGCGAAGGAUUUUUUUUUUUUUUUUUUUUAACUUGUGAAUGAAGUUUUGAAAAUACAUCAAUGGAAUAAAAAAUUGAUCUAUUGAUAUUUAUUUUUCC